AUGCAUCAUUUCACCUGUUUAGACUCUAGACACUAUAAACAUAGUAAAACUACCUUUUUAGAUAGAAAACCUGCCAAAAACCUCGAUCGAGCUAAGUUGGAUCAAGGCUGGGGAUGGAUCACGUUCUUGGCAAGGGGAGAAAGGAAGGUGAUUACCUUCAGGCAGUUGGAGAUCCUAUUCGGUUUCACCUAUGGGGAGGGAACCCAUUGGGAUAUCAAGGAGGAUGAGCUACAAAGAGCUCUUGCCAACACCUUCUUUGCAAGGAAAGCCACUGGUACAAUAAAUGAAGGAGAGGUGAAGCUCCUUGACAUGGGAAUCAAGCCCAUCAUCUCACGCACCAAGGAUGGGAAGAGAAUCAGAGGAGAUAGAAUCCAUGCAGGGAAUCUCAUGCCUCUCAUUGACCAGCUACUAUCCUACAAGACAACCGCCUAUAGCACUCGGUUUCAAACGGGAAGGAAGCUUAGUGUUGGAGGAGUCAUCACGCCAAUCCUCUGUGCAGCUGGGGUCCAUUUGGACAAGGGAAGGUCUACUCCAGCAGGAUGGAUGGACAUUAAGUUUUGCAAGACCAACCUCCUCAUUGAACACAAGGACUUGGAUGGGCGGUUCCAAUUCAAAUUCACACACCCAUUGGCUGGCCCUUCCAAGCUUCUCUUGCCCAACCCUGAGCUCACCACGGUUGUAGGAGGUAACAACAUUGACUUUAGGCCUCCACUUCACACAUUAGUUGGGCAUGAAGAGGAGUUGCGAGAAGAGGACCCUGAACUCGAUCGAGCUGAGGAUCGAGUUGAGGACCACGCUCAAGUGAAUGCGGAUUUGGGUGAGCCUGAGUGCUAUUAUUUUGAGGAGUAUGAGGCUCCAAGGAUGAACCCCUCUGUUGUGGCUGCCCACAAGAGGAUUGGACUUCUCAAAAGGUUCAACAAGUGGCAAGGGAAAGCCAUGGACAAGAUGCAAAAGUCCAUGGACAAGAUGGUGAGCAACAUCAAAAGUUUGGAGAAGAAGGUUUCUGGUUCUUCAAGCAAGAAGAAGAAGACACCCAUGACUCCUACUUUCCCUAGGGUCUUUUGGAGCAUUCUGGAGCAUAUGGGACAUGAGGAGCAUGGAGGGACUUGGCACAUGGAAGCAGCUCAACUGGACACGCAAAGGAAGAAGGGAGAAGCCAUCUUGAAGACCAGCUCGACCGUCUACUCGACCAACCGGUCGAGUUCCUCAACUCGACCGGCCAAGCUUCAACUCGAUCGAGCUGGAAGUCAAAGUCAAACCCGAAAAAUGUUGCUUCCCCCUUGA